AUGGGGAAUAUCGGAAGCCGGAGAAUGAGGCGGCGCCACCAACAAGGGAAAGACGAAAACAACUACGUUGAAACUCGCCGUCAUUAUCGCCACCCUGGAUCCUCUCCACCACCACCACCUUACGUUUACCGCGCCAAAACUGUCACCGUCAAGAAUGAUGCCAUUAAUAUUCGGAAGGAGAGUCUUUGCGUGGAACCUGAUGUGACCAACCCUCACCGUUUUUUUCUCACUUUCAUCCUUGAUGCCACCGCUCCUGGAUGCAUUACCCUGAUGUUUUAUGCGAAGGAAGCUUCAGAUGGUAAGCUGAUAGCAUCAAAGACGAGAUGGGUUAGACAGAUUUCAAUGUUUUUUUGGGAAGGUCUUAAUCAGAAUUUUAGACAGGCUUUUGGAGCUGGCACUGAGAUCUCGACGUUAGAAGAAGAGGGAGUAACCGAAAACGGUGAUGAAGAUGAAGAGGUUUAUCCUCUUGUGCUGAAGGCCGAGACUCAACCUCCUCUGAACAGUAACGAAAAUGAUAGAAACCGAUCUUUUCAAACUACUUUCGCUAGGUUUGAGAAGAAAGAGAUGGGUGAGUACAAGAUCCAUGUAAUGAAACAGGUUAUGUGGGACAACAGUGCCAAGUAUGAACUGUUGGAGAUAUAUGGCAUGGGUGGUGAUCAACAUAAAUCAGGUGGAAAAUGUGUAGUUUCUUUGUCGAAACCAUGACAAAUAGCUGUGUCUGCAGACACAUGGUAAUUCCUAUUUAUUCAUUAUCCUCUUAUCUUCUUCUACUUAGUUUUAGUUUGGUGAUUAAUUUAUUGAUGUUUCAGUUGGUAGUAUAGACCCAUUAGUAAGGUUAGUUUAGGAAGAAGAGGAAUUUGAAAUAUGUGGAGCAGUGUAUUGGUUCCUCGGAGCUUUCUCCCUAGUUUCA